GUGACGAGGGACGCCUCACACGGCAGGCGCACCCAGCAGGUAUCGGUACCUGAGAGCAUCGGCAAGUCCCAUCCGACCGGUGGGGGCGGACGAGUGGGCGGCCAAUGGGUGGGCGUCACGGGAGUCUUGGCCGCCCUGCAGGGCUGGGCGCGCUUACCAUACGGUGACCGUACGCGGUAUGGCUGAGUCAGCGCUCGUCUUCCUCGUCUUUGCUUUUCUGUUCUUUUCUUCCAUCCUUCUUUCUUCUCUCUCUCCGGACCUGACAGACAGGGUUCGAUGUACGCCAGGGCUCCGUGAAGUAAUCGCUCGAUUGCCACCCAGUGCACCAGGCACGCAUCUGAUCUCUUCUCGUCUCUCGUGUGCCACUUCUAUCGUCAUCCAGUGGCUCGAGCCCAACCACUAAACAAACUAACGCCGACUAGCCAGAGGGUCCGCUCCGCCAAGCCGCGAGUGCGCAGCCCUUCCGCGAGUGAGACUGGCGCUCGCCUGGCAAAUCCCCGCCGGGUCUCCUCCUGCCGCCUCUGGGCGUCGCAUCUGAUUCUGAUUCCUUCCCCAGACCUUCCCUCCAUCGUCAUCAGAGUCAGUAUGUCGGUCUUGGCCCGACUCUUGGAUUUCUUGGUCUUCGCUUCCUGAUUUUUCGCGGCCUCUUACCCGGGAGCCCUCGCCCUCUUUCUCCCCCUCUCCCUCUUUUCUCUGCUGCCCAGACUCUUGUCCUUCUCUGGUCGCUUCUUGUUCUCUCUUGUCCUCUCUUGACUUUUUCUUGUCCUUUCUUGUCGACCCUCUGCUGUUUGAUUUUUCGUAACUUUCGGGGUCUCCCCGGCUUGCUUCUGUCGAUUGCCCUCUCCGCCCGGCAAGCUGCGACGGAUCGAUCUAUCUCCAGGUAAGUCCUCCGGGGUCUCCAAUCGCAAAACCGGUUUUCGCUCCCUGCCCCCGUAUCCUGUCCUUUUUGUCGUGGGGGAGUGCCCCUUCCACAUUUAUACUUUCUUAUGUUCCGGUUCCUGUCGGUCGACUUUCUCCCACGAGUGCUGCCGCUAAGCAAUGUCGUCCCCCUUGCAGAGAGAACGAGAGGAUCCCUCAUCCAGCCCCAGAACGAGCUCGCGGAAACCUUUGACCUCUUCCCUCGCCCAGAACGCCUCGCGCGUCAUCGUUCGGACUUAUCUUGCCUUUCCUCCGAGGCAUGCCGAGAUCCACGUCGGACCUGAUUCUUCCGUUCUCCGAUUGAUCGACCGAUUUUCGGGGUGUGCAACCCCUAGCAUAAGGCGAUAAAAAGGACUUCUGUCUCCAGGGAUAACAAUAAUUGUGCGAUAAAGACAAAACGAGCGUAAGGACCCUGGCAAGCGCUGUUGUACGCGGAGGGACGCUCCGGGCUCUAGAUAACAAGGCUCCCGACGAGGUCCACUUGGUCCCUCCAGUCCAAUCAUGGCCUGGGAACAUUUGGAUAUCGAUAAGCCUCACCUGGCGUACAUGAUCCUGGGCGGGUUCACCGGCCUGUUCAUGCUGUGUUCCCUGUUCGUCAAGGAGAAACUGUACAUUGGUGAGGCGACGGUCGCGACCCUGUGCGGGAUCAUCUUCGGGCCCCAUGCGGCGAAUCUCUUCAAUCCCAUGGAAUGGGGAAAUGUCGACAAGAUCACCUUGGAAUGCUCUCGCAUUGUCCUGGUGGUACAAUGUUUUGCCGUCGGCGUCGAACUGCCGAAGGCCUACAUGGAACGUCACUGGAAAUCGGUCUUUCUGUUGCUGGUGCCGGUCAUGACCUGGGGUUGGUUGAUUACAAGUCUGUUCAUCUGGUGGAUGGCGCCUCUCUCCUGGCUCGAAGCGCUAGUGUGUGCGGCAUGUGUGACGGCCACCGAUCCUGUGUUGGCCUCGUCCGUCGUAGGUAAGGGUAAAUUCGCCAAGCGGGUGCCCAAGCAUUUGCGAGAUCUGCUGUCCGCCGAGUCCGGCUGCAAUGACGGCAUGGCGUUUCCAUUCAUCUACCUAUCUUUUUACAUUCUGCACUACCGUCCCGAUGCCGGCAAGGUGUCCCUGAACUGGUUCUGUGUCACUAUCCUCUACGAAUGUAUCGUCGGGGCGAUCUUCGGCUUUCUGAUUGGAUACUUCGCGCGUCAUGCCAUCAAGUUUGCGGAACGCAAGCAGCUGAUCGAUCGUGAAAGUUUCUUGGUGUUCUAUUUCGUACUUGCGGUCUUCUGUGCGGGUUCCGGCAGUUUGCUGGGCAUGGAUGAUCUCUUGAUCGGAUUCGCCUGCGGUGUCGGAUUCAGUAAUGAUGGUUGGUUUACGGAGAAGACGGAGGAGUCGCACGUGUCCAACGUCAUCGAUCUACUGCUGAACCUGGCCUACUUCGUCUAUUUUGGAUCUAUCAUUCCCUGGGAGGAUUACAACAACCCCGACAUCGGUCUGACUCCGUGGCGACUGGUCGUGAUUGCCCUCCUCGUCAUCUUCUUCCGCCGCAUCCCCAUCAUGUUAAUUUUGAAGCCUAUUAUACCGGACGUGAAAACAUGGCGAGAAGCCCUGUUCGCCGGUCAUUUUGGACCCAUCGGAGUCGGUGCCAUUUUCGCGUGUAUUCUGGCGAGAGCCGAGCUAGAGAACGGCAACACUCAACCGGAUCCAACUAAUGAACUACCACAGGCCGGGUCGCCGGACUACUACGUCGUUCGGCUGAUAUGGCCGAUCACAACGUUCAUGGUCAUCUCGUCGAUUUUGGUGCAUGGCUCGUCAAUUGCCGUUUUUACGCUCGGAAAGCGCAUCAACACCUUGACCAUCACGCUGUCCUACACACAGGCCAAUGAAGAGGGCCCGUCCUGGAUGAACCGUCUGCCGCGUGUGCAGUCCAUUGCCAAGGGCUCUAUGUCCUUCCGGAAAGCGGAUGAGUUGGAAGAAUCGUCAAACGAACCGGAAUAUCCCCCGGGUACCCUUCCUCCCAUCGGCGUUCCUGGUAACUUCCUGCGCCGACAGCGGGAUGAAGAUGCCGACUCACCUCCCGGGCGGCCGCGUAGCCAACGACCUCGUCGCCGUCGCCGUCGUGGUGAUGCCGGGGCCGGCGGCCCUAUCAGUCAAUCUGCAAUCGCACCUCAACGACAGCCAGAAACAGAAGACGAGAAGCUCGAAGAUGAAGAGGAACGGUCUGAACGUGAAAGAAUUGAGCGCGAAGGCUCCCCGCCGUCCAAGGAACGCGAUCGUUUCGGACGCGAGGCGGGUCUUGAAGUGUAUUUGGAAGGACAUAACCUUAUCAUUGAAGAUGAGGAAGGUAACGUUCUGAGAACGGAGAACAUCAGUCACAAAUCCCCCAGCGAACAGCAGCAGCACGUCGAAGAAGAGCGCCAGAAGGUGCAAAGGGCGAGGUCGGAACAGCUCGCCAAAUCGCACAGUCAACCCAACGGCAAGCCCGAUAGUGGCGAUGGUGUGCAGCCCGUGGCAGAGGAUAAGACCGCUUUCGAAAAGGCCCGCAAACGGUUCGGCGACUGGAUGGGCUUCGGCAAGGGCCGCGCUACCGAGGCCGACUCUCAGCCCGGUCAGCCUUCCGAGAAGACUGAUACAGCUGCCGCAUCUGGCAAGCCUUCGAAGCCAAAGGCUCGCUCGGCGCACGCGUACCAGUUUGGCAAUACGAUCAUCGUCGAGGACGAGGAUGGGGAGGUUAUCAAGAAAUACUCCAUUCCCUCGGCUGGUUCCUCUUCGGCCGCCGGCGCCGCUGGCGCCGCCUCCACGCCCGACAAGAAGCCUGAUGCUGGUGCCGCUGCACCCGUGCGCCGCGGUAUCACGCGCAUGGGAACCUGGUUCGGUCAGGGAGAAGCCGAAUCAUCUCAAGCCGCCAAGAGCAAGAAGGCGGCCGAUGACGAUUGGCUGGCUGAUGACGGACUUCGUUUCACGGUGGCGGAAGACGACAGCAUCGGAAAGAGGGGGGUUGGUCAUAAAGGACAGCGGAUGAACAAGCACGAAUUUGUCAACCAGCUUCGCGGUCUCGGGCCCAAAGCCCGUCGUGAGCUGGUCGAGGAAACCGACGCUCCGGAGCGAGUCAAGGAUGUCGCCCGCGGCGAAGAGAAGGAAGCCGUCAAGGAGGAGCGCCGCCGUUCCUCUGCCGGGGUGCCUGCUCAGGCACCCGCCGGAGACACUCAACAACAGCAAGCUGCCCCAGCAGCUGACGAUGACGACGAAUUCACUACUGACAGUAGCGACAUGACCGAUGAGGGAUCUGACCGAGGGGCGCCGGGUGGUAAUGUCGCCGCUUCCUUGGCUCGCUUUACUCGCGGGACUGCCGCCGACGAACGCCGCACCAGCGCUCUGGAUGCCUCAGCUAGUCCUCGGCCGCGCAGAGAUUCUGAGGACGACGGCACGGCGCGUGUACCGCCCUCGAAGUUGCGAGAGGCGGCUGGUCUCACACGCCCUCCCCAGGAAGCCGAUUUGGACGAUACCGGCGAGACUCCGGCUGAACGGCGCCGUCGUCUAGCCGCCCUCGGUGAAGAUGACUCGGACGAGGCCGUUGAGGAGUCCGACAGCGAGGAUGACGGCGAGUUCCGUCAGGUGCCCGGCAAGAUAUCAUUUGCGGAUGGUACCAAGCCUGCGCGAACCCGAACCGAUGAAGGAAGUUCGAGCGAGGGUAACGGAUCUGGGUCGUCGAACCGAGGACACCGGCCUCGAAUUUCCUGGGGCGGCGAGAAGGGUCGAGAGACCUGAAGAUUUGAACCAAAAGAAAGCGAUGAAAAAAGAAAAAAAACAACACUUUACUAUGAUCAAUUAAACGGCCAGGAGAGGCGGUGAGCUUAGUUGGCACUUGCGGUGAGAGAAGAACCAAGAAAACCAAGGAAAAAUACACCCUCUUAUGUGUCAUAGGAUGGGCACAGCAUGGCGAAUUUUCAUAUAGAUUUUGUUCAGCUGCUACUUCAUACUGCCCGAUUUGCUGGACCCUUGACUCUCUUGUGUUGCCGAGCGACUCCCAUUGCAUGAGUGUUUGUUAUGUAUAGAAUUUUUUGCAAGCUUCUUUUACCUUUUGUCGGUUCUCUCUAUUUGGUUGCCUCGGACCACUCAGAAUCCUGCUGCCUGAAUUCUGGACCAAGAUCGAACUGUUUCUUGUAAUUAGAUUUGGCUCCGUCUCUAUUUUCUUUUUUUCUGUUUUUUCUAUUCUUUCUUUCUUUUGUGUCCUGUGGUAUGUCCCAUUAUCCAUUAACUGUUAGAUCGAAGCAG